AUGGAUUUUAUUGUGGCUUUACCUAGAACUCAAAGAGGUAAAGAUUCAAUCAUGGUCGUUGUUGAUCGAUUCUCAAAGAUGGCCCAUUUUAUUCCUUGCCAUAAGACCGAAGAUGCUAUGAAAGUAGCGGGGUUGUAUUUCGAGGAGGUGGUUCGUUUCCAUGGAGUCCUACGCACCAUUGUUUCGGAUCGAGAUACAAACACCAAAGAUUGGGAUGUCAAGCUUGCUCAUGCCGAGUUUGCUUAUAAUAGAACUCCUAGUGCUACUACAAAGUAUUCUCCUUUUGAAGUAGUCUAUGUUUCUAACCCUUUUGUUUCAAUUGAUCUCAUAGCAUUGCCACAAGAUAAGUUCGUCCAUGGAGGUGCAAAGGAACAGGCUGAGUUCAUGAUGAAAAUACACAAAGAGGUGGGGAAAAACAUUGAAAAGGCCAAUGAAAUCUACAAGAAGGAAGCCAACAAAAGAGUCAAAAACGUGAGAAACUUUGAAGUUGGUGACAUAGUGUGGAUCUACAUGAGAAAAGAAAGGUUUCAAAUCAAAGAAAAAACAAACUCAUGCCCCGAGCUAAAGGUCGAUUUGGGAGGUAAGUAUGGCGUUUCAAGCACUUUCAAUGUGGGAGAUCUAGCACCGUACUAUGAUGAUGAGAAAUUGAGGGCAAUUACCUUUGAUGAAGGGGAGGAUGACCAAAGUGGCCAAGGGUCGAAUAGUCCAAAUAUCCAAGUCCAAGAAUCCAACGUUGGGGAAUUGAUUUUAUCCAAGUCUUUUUUCGACGUUACUCCUAUGGAUUUUUGCGUGCAUGGUCCGUAUAGUUCCUCAAAUGGUUGCACUUUGCUAAGCGUGACUAACUACAGAUUAAAUUAG